CAGGUACGCCUCCUUGAUGUUGGAACUGCGGGAGGCACCAGACACUGUACAGCACACACAUAAGCAUAUGCACAUGCAUGCAUACACACAAGGAUGAUAAGGGCUCGUUUUCUCCGAGGGGCAGCCACUGUACUGGUGGCCACUACAACCAUGUUCUGCAUAGUGACUAUUAAGAAUGAGGUGGGCUCCCUUGGAGACAGCCUGCGGCACGCUUAUCAGAACAACACCGCACGGAGUCGAGAGACACUGAGGAGGCUGGAACAGAUGGAGACUCAGAUCAACAAUCUGGUGCAAUCCGUUAAAAUAACUGAUGGUGGAAAAGGCCAAAAUAACGAGGAGUCAGCAGUGAAGUUGGAGAAGAAGGUGGUGAAGAAACUGUAUCCAAAUUCAGCCCUCUUCACAAAGUGGGGGGAGGAGCUCUCGGAGGAGGAGCAGAAGGAGGCAGAAGAGCUGUAUCAGAAAUAUGGGUACAACGCCUUCCUGAGUAACAAGCUGCCCCUGAAUAGGCAGAUCCCAGACACCAGAGAUAAGAGAUGCUUGGAGAGAAAAUACCCAAAGGACCUCCCCACUAUCAGUGUGGUGCUGAUCUACCUGGAUGAAGCCCUGUCCAUCAUCAAAAGAGCCAUCCGCAGUAUCAUAGACAAGACACCUGCUCACCUGCUCAAAGAGAUUAUACUGGUAGAUGAUCACAGUUCUAAUGAGGAUCUGAAGGACAAGCUGGAUGCCUACAUCAGCCUCAUCCAUGAGGAGCGGCCAGGCCUGGUGAAGAAGGUGAACCACAAGGAGCAGAUGGGACUGACGCAGGCCCGCAUCUCAGGGUGGAGGGCUGCAACAGGAGAUGUGGUGGCCAUCUUAGAUGCUCAUAUUGAGGUCCAUGUGGAAUGGGCAGAGCCACUCCUGGCACGAAUUAAGGAGAACCGGACAGUGGUGCUGACCCCCGUGUUUGACAGGGUGAAUUUUGACGACAUGAAGGUUAUACGAUAUUUGCCGGCAGCGGAUGCUUUUGACUGGGCUCUGUGGUGCAUGUAUGAGUCCUUCAGACCUGAGUGGUACAAGCUCAAUGAUGAGUCACAACCAGGAAAGAGUCCCUCCAUCAUGGGUAUUCUAGUGGUUGACAGACUUUUCUUUGGGGAAAUUGGAGUGCUGGACGGUGGGAUGAAAAUCUAUGGCGGAGAAAAUGUAGAGCUGGGAAUUCGAGUGUGGCUGUGUGGGGGCAGCAUAGAGGUAGUGCCAUGCUCCAGGAUUGCCCACAUUGAGAGGGCCCACAAACCCUACCUGCCCGACUAUGGCGUCGUCAUGCAGAGAAAUGCCCUCAGGGUGGCUGAGGUCUGGAUGGAUGAGUACAAGGACAAUGUCAAAAUCGCCUGGAACCUUCCAUUAAAGGAUCAUGGGAUUGACAUUGGGGAUGUGUCAGAGAGAAAGCAACUCAGAGAGAAGCUGAAGUGUAAACCCUUCCAGUGGUAUAUGGACAAUGUUUAUCCACAGCUGGACCACUGGAAUGACCUAGUGGCCUAUGGCGUUCUGAUUAAUGACCUUAAGAAGGAUCUGUGUAUUGACCAAGGACCUGUUCCUGGAAGUAAACCGAUUCUUUAUGGAUGUAACUUCUUUGUUCCUCAGCGCUGCUACUACCUCACAAGUGGACAGAUUUACAUUGGGGGCAUAAAAUCUCACACAUACAAUAGAAAUCGUUGCUUGGUGGAUACUGGCACAGAAAGUACUCCAUCACUCUAUGACUGUAAAGUGGCCAAGGAAAAAGGAUUGCACAUGUACUGGGACUUCAAACAGGGACAGGGCAUAAGGAACAGAGAAACAAAUAAAUGUCUUGAGAUUGCUGUUGGAGAAGAUACCUACUAUCAUCUUGUCAUUCAAGAGUGUAGUGGCCAACACUGGAAAAUACAGCAUGUGAUUAAGGAAUUCUGAGGAAGCAUACCAUUAAGCCCAUUCAUCUCCUCCCUGCAAGUGAAAUGGCAGCAUUGUAUCCCUCGCAACCCUGCCCAGGAUAAGCAGAUAUAGGUAAUGGAUGGAUGGAUAUAGGCUACUGCACUGUGGGGGCUGAGCUAAGAGGUGUUUUUAUUAUAUGUACUGUAGGGUAUUAUAGUUGGCUAUACAAAACGGAAAAACAGCAGUAGAUAGGGCAACCAAAUAUUUCAGCAAAUCAAUAUAAAUAUUGUCAUUAAAAUAUCAAUUAAACCUUAAAUAAACAUAUUGCACACUAAAAA